UGCUCCUCUCGCCUGUUCUCUUUGCAAAGAAUUCUCCUCGGGGCGGUUGUGACGUCGCUCUCCUGUGCGGGCUUGCAGUGCAGUGUGUGCAACGCGGCAGUGGCGUGACGGCAGGGCCCCUGUGACGCCGAGUCUGUGGUUCGGCCGGGAUUGCAGUGCCAGGAACCCGGGGCCGUGGAGAGCGAUAGCUUAUCAGGGAAUCUGAAGCGAUUUAGUGCUUUAAUCAUCGGGAAUCUGGGCCUCCGUUCGCCGAUGGGGAAGCGUUUCGUCCGGAAUGCUGGUGGAUGAUGUGAGGCAAUGGUGAUUCGGAUCGCUGAGGCCUGGUGUUGAGUGAUAUGCAAAUGCAAGAGACAAGCUGAGCAUUAUGUCUCUCGACUACAAAGCAUGAGAAUGAUUCCGAGAACUUGAUACAACCUCCACAAAAUCAGUGAGAUGGAAUUACAGCAUCAGAGCCUUGCCUGAGACAAUAUCAAAAGAAAAAUGGCAAGUCUGAGAGAUGUUGGAGAGUUGCCCAGAAAGACGUCAGAAAAAUCGUCGAGACAGAAGAAAAGAGGGAGUUUUGAAGAUGAGACAGACACAGUUCCUGAAAAGGCAACAGAUAGGGCCGAAGAGAUUGCUCAGUUCCUUCAGAGGAUGAAAAUCAAACAGGAACAGAAUGGAGUGUGCGAUGAAACCACAAUUUCUGAGAAUGGCCGUCACAACUGCCCGAUACUCUGGACAAUCCAGGACCCGGCGAGCCAGAGACUCACCUGGUACAAGCCUCCUCUCUCGGUACUCGUUAUCAAGAAAGUCAGGGACGCACAAGUCAUCCAGCCGUUCAUCCAGCUGGUUAAGUGGCUGACCGUAGAGAAGAGAAUGCUGGUGUUCGUCGAAGCCUCAGUCAUGGAAGAGUCGCUGGUGACCAGCCACUCUGGCUUCCCUGUGCUGAAGGACAAGCUCAUGAGUUUCCGAGAAGGGCAAGACGACCUCACAGACAAAAUUGAUUUCAUCAUUUGUUUAGGUGGUGACGGCACUCUCCUCUAUGCCUCAUCGCUCUUCCAGCAAAGUGUGCCACCGGUUAUGGCCUUCCACCUUGGCUCCCUGGGAUUUCUCACUCCCUUUAAGUUCGACAAUUUUCAGGAUCAGGUCACGAACGUCCUUGAAGGCCACGCAGCCCUGACCUUGAGAUCGCGUCUUAGAUGCAUCAUCCUUCGCAAGGACCAAGAGACUGGCAAGGGUGGCUGUCCCCCCACUAACCUCCUGGUAUUGAAUGAAGUGGUCAUCGACCGUGGACCCUCGCCAUAUCUCUCCAAUAUUGACCUCUAUCUUGAUGGCAAAAGAAUCACAUCAGUACAAGGAGAUGGCUUGAUUGUAUCAACUCCUACGGGUAGCACAGCCUAUGCCGUGGCUGCUGGAGCCUCCAUGAUCCACCCAUCGGUGCCAGCCAUCAUGGUGACCCCCAUCUGCCCUCACUCCCUCUCCUUCAGGCCCAUCGUUGUGCCAGCAGGCGUCGAGCUCAAGAUUGCAGUAUCUAGAGACAGCAGAAAUACAGCGUGGGUAUCCUUUGAUGGAAGAAAAAGACAAGAGCUUUUACACGGGGAUAGUCUGAGAGUCACCACCUCCAUAUAUCCUGUUCCCUCAAUCUGUGCAGAGGACCAGAUUGCUGACUGGUUUGCAUCUCUAGAUGAGUGUCUUCGCUGGAAUGACCGCAAGCGUCAAAAGCACUUCGAUGAUCCGGAUGACCUGUCCCCCCCGGACCUCACUCCAGACCUAACCCAUUCCUCCAGUUCAGACACUCUGGACUCCCUCAGCGAGAGAAACGAAGGCUUUGAUAAUUAGGCUGGUCCGAUGUGAAAGGGAUCAUGAGCAGAAGAUGCACAUAGCACCAGUGAAUGUGAAAAAAGUGACUUUGUGGACAGUGCACGGACUGCGUUUCUCUGACUGAUAUAGUGUACAUUCAUGUCAAGUGCUCAUUCCUCAAAGUGCUGUAUUAUUCUCAAAUUAGAAUAUAUAUAUAUAUAAAAAGGUGUUUGUACACUUUUCAACAUAUUUCAUCUAUGUGGUCCCAUGUACUGUAUCAUCACAUAAACUGUUAUUUUGUCUUGACAUUCUUGUUGAUAUGUGAGGAUGGUUAUCAUUUGCUAAGGUUCUCGGCAUCAGUUGUCAUUUCAUAGCAGAAAAGAAGACAUAUUUUAUGAUGAAAUUUCAUUAGUGCCAGCAGUUACUGAGCCAGCUUUUUAGCUCUUAUGUUACCUGUCUUUUAUACUGUAUAUUUGUUUAAUAAUUUAUUUAUUAAAGUUUCAAAAGAAUUUUCAAAAUCUUAGUAAGAUGACUAUGUUGUCGACACAUAAAGGCUAUUGAUACUUUUAUAUUUUAUUUUUCUAAGUCUGUUAUCGUGUAUUUGACAGUGUGAACACAUGGAUUUACAUGAGAAUUUUUUCAGUGAAAGAAAACAUGUCAUGUAAUCUUUCAGUUUUUAAAGUAGCAUAUUGGGUUGACUUGCCAAAUGACUAAGACAAGAAGAACUUUUGUUACACUUUGAUUUACACCCUUGUCCUUUGUAGGAAAUAAAAUGAUUUAUCAGUUA